UUUUUGCUCUUCAGGCUUGACCGAUGAGAAAGUGAAGGCCUACCUCUCACUGCACCCGCAGAUGCUGGACGACUUUGUGUUGGAGAGUGUGAGUGCGGAGACGUUGGACAGAUGGCUGAAGAGGAAGACCAGCAGCAGGCCUGCAGACGACACAUCGGCGAAAGAAGUCAGCAGGCAGUACCAGGACACGAAUAUGCAGGGUGUGGUGUACGAGCUCAACAGCUACAUGGAGCAGCGUCUGGGCACGGGAGGAGAUAACAAACUCCUGCUCUAUGAGUUGUGCAAUAUCGUCAAAGCAGCAACAAAAGCUGAUGGAUUUGCACUUUACUUCUUGGGAGAAUGCAACAAUAGUUUAUGUUUGUUCACUCCAACGGGGGCCAAGGAUGGCACCCCAAGCCUCAUCCCCUCUGGCCCCAUCGCAUUUGGGACAACCAUUGCCGCUCAUGUUGCCAAGACUCGCAGAACACUGCUGGUAGAAGACAUCAUGGGGGACGAGCGCUUCCCCGACGGCACAGGGCAGGACUCAGGGAUCCAUGUUCACUCUGUCCUGUGCCUCCCCAUCCUUACUGCCAUCGGAGACCUCAUUGCCAUCCUGGAGCUACAUCGGCACUGGGGCAAGGAGCCCUUCAACCUCAGCCAGCAGGAGGUUGCGACAGCAAACUUAGCGUGGGCAUCAAUUGCCAUUCAUCAAGUACAGGUGUGCAGAGGCCUCGCCAAACAGACUGAGCUCAACGACUUCCUACUAGAUGUGUCAAAAACAUACUUUGAUAACAUUGUGGCAAUAGAUUCUCUACUUGAACAUAUUAUGAUAUAUGCAAAAAACCUGGUGAAUGCGGACAGAUGUGCACUCUUCCAGGUAGAUCACAGCAACAAAGAACUGUACUCAGACCUGUUUGAUAUUGGGGAAGAGAAUGAAGGCAAACCUGUCUUUAGGAAAACCAAAGAAAUUAGGUUUUCUAUAGAGAAGGGAAUAGCUGGUCAAGUGGCUCGGACAGGGGAAGUCCUAAAUAUCCCAGAUGCCUAUGCAGAUCCACGAUUUAACCGAGAAGUGGACCUCAAAACUGGUUAUACCACACGGAACAUCCUGUGCAUGCCCAUCGUGAGCAGGGGGACUGUUAUAGGUGUGGUGCAGAUGGUGAACAAGCUGAGCGGAAGUGCCUUCACUAAAACAGAUGAGAACAACUUUAAGAUGUUUGCUGUCUUUUGUGCUCUGGCCUUACACUGUGCAAAUAUGUACCACAGGAUCCGCCACUCUGAAUGCAUAUACAGGGUGACGAUGGAAAAGCUGUCGUAUCACAGCAUCUGUACAUCAGAAGAAUGGAAGACCCUUACCCAGCUCAACCUCCCCACUCCCAUUUAUAAAGAGAUUGAAAUGUUCCACUUUGAUAUUAGUCCCUUUGAGGAGAUCUGGCCUGCUGUUUUUAUCUACAUGGUCCAUAACUCCUGUGGAAAGACCAGCUUUGAGCUGGAGAAGCUGUGCCGAUUCACCAUGUCCGUGCGGAAGAACUACCGACGUGUGCCCUAUCACAACUGGAAGCAUGCAGUGACGGUGGCCCACUGUAUGUAUGCCAUCCUACAGAAAACCACUGGGAUCUUCACCGAGCUAGAGAAGAAGGGUCUGUUGAUAGCCUGUCUCUGCCAUGAUCUGGACCAUCGGGGCUACAGCAACACGUACCUGCAGAAGUUUGACCAUCCACUGGCUGCUCUGUACUCCACCUCCACCAUGGAGCAGCACCACUUCUCUCAGACCGUCUCCAUCCUACAGGAAGGGCACAAUAUUUUCUCCAACCUGAAUUCCACUGAGUAUGAGCAGGUGCUGGAGAUCAUCCGGAAGGCCAUCAUCGCCACAGACCUCGCCCUGUACUUCAACAACCACCAGCAGCUGUCAGACAUGCUGACCUUGGACGGGCUGGACUUGAACAACCACUCGCACCGGGACCGUGUGAUUGGUCUGAUGAUGACAGCAUGUGACCUGUGCUCUGUUACCAAGCAAUGGCAAGCCACACGACUCACAGCCAAUGACAUCUAUGCUGAGUUCUGGGCUGAGGGAGAUGAGAUGAAGAAGAUUGGGAUACAACCGAUCCCCAUGAUGGACAGAGACAAGAAGGACGAGGUUCCACAAGGCCAAGUGGGAUUCUACAAUGCUGUUGCAAUUCCAUGUUACACAACGUUAUCAAAGCUCUUCCCUCCGUCCGGUCCUCUUCUAAAAGCCUGCAGGGAGAACCUGAACCAGUGGGAGAAGAUCGCGCGAGGAGAGGUGGAGGACGUCGUCCCCAGCCGACCCUGUGAUUCAGGCCCCGUUAAGGUGGACAACUGACUACCGGGUGGGUGAUUUUGCCUACCAAAGGAACACAACCUGAAUCCUGCCACGGACCUGGAACGUUGUCGGAGGAAGAGCCCACAUCGUUGUGUGUUAGCAGGAGACAGAUCAGCAAACGGCAACUUGACUUUUCACAAAAAACAAAACAAAAAAAAAAACACACGGUUACCUCAUUGGGUGACAAAGG